AUUGUACGACCUCCAUUCAUCCUUCGCCGACGAUACAUCCGAAUUAUUUUAACAUUUCCAUUUAAAAAUAUUAAUUACCACUGAUAAAUAGCUUAAAAGUUAUACAAAUAGUAUCGUAAUUCAUAAAUAGUAAAACCACACAAAGUUUAAGUGAACAUGGCGCUAAAAUCCUCUCCGGCAUUACUGGGAAUGUUCAGCCGUAUUUCUCAGCGUGCUUUUUCCACAUCCAGAGCCCUAACAUCAAAACCUGUUACUGUAAGAGAUGCCUUGAAUCAAGCUAUCGAUGAAGAGAUGGAGAGAGAUGAUAAAGUAUUCGUUUUAGGUGAAGAAGUUGCUCAAUAUGAUGGCGCAUAUAAAGUAACAAGAGGUCUAUGGAAGAAAUAUGGAGAUAGAAGAGUAAUCGAUACGCCAAUUACAGAAAUAGGUUUUGCAGGUAUAGCCGUGGGUGCUGCAUUCGCUGGACUAAAGCCUGUGUGCGAGUUUAUGACAUUCAACUUCUCAAUGCAAGCUAUUGACCAUAUAAUAAACUCGGCAGCCAAGACGUUCUAUAUGUCUGCCGGCGGCGUGCCCGUGCCUAUUGUAUUUCGUGGACCCAACGGCGCUGCCUCAGGCGUGGCGGCACAACACUCUCAGUGCUUUGCUGCCUGGUACAGCCACUGUCCCGGUCUCAAAGUGAUCAUGCCUUACUCCUCAGAGGACGCCAAAGGUUUAUUAAAGGCAGCAAUCCGUGAUCCAGACCCUGUUGUGUUCCUCGAGGAUGAGAUCAUGUACGGAGUACAGUUUCCAAUGUCCGAUGAAGCACUCUCUAGCGACUUUGUGUUACCCAUUGGUAAAGCAAAAAUCGAAAGGGAAGGUAGACACAUAACAGUGGUGUGUGCAGGGAGGGCCACAGACACUGCACUGCAAGCGGCCAACGAACUUGCUGGGAAAGGUAUUGAAUGUGAGGUGAUCAAUCUGCGGUCCAUCCGGCCACUGGAUUUCGACACGAUAGCGAGUUCAAUCGCGCGCACACACCAUCUGAUCACCGUGGAGCAGGGCUGGCCGCAGUCAGGUAUCGGCGCUGAGAUCUGCGCCCGCGUGAUGGAGUCCCCCGUGUUCUUCGAGCUGGAUGCCCCGGUAUGGCGAGUGACGGGCGCAGAUGUGCCCAUGCCGUACGCGCGCUCCCUGGAAGCUCUGGCGCUGCCGCGACCCAACGACGUGGUAUCAGCCGUUGCGAGCGUGCUAUCCAACAGGAUUGCGGGAGAAGCAUCAAAUUAGAAGCACUUCUUAGGAAUCUCUAGAAAAAUUUUAUCAAUCGGAAUGUAUAUAUUUAUUUAUUAUCAUUACAUCGACUCCGCCAUAAUGAAUCGUAUGUAUGGACUAUGAAAUGAUUAUAUAAUAUAUUAGGUGAAAUAUAGUUAAUUAUGUUAAAAGUU